CAUAUUAUAGCACCUGUACAAUAUAACGCAAUAUAUAUGUACUAGUUCGUGCUGGUGUAUAAUUGGACUAUUAACUGCAUAAUUUGUGGUAUAUCGGAGUUAUUGGCCGGAAUAAAUAAUUAUAACUAAAAUAUGGGAACUGGCGCCUCUGCAUCGCCCGGCUUCAGCAUCACGCCCGACUACAAGGUCCACGUCAAGACCGGCGACCGCAAAGGCGCUGGCACCGACGCCAACGUCUACAUCGCCCUGAUCAAUGACCACGGACAACGCUCGCGCGAUAUCAAACUCGACUGCCGCUUCAAGGACGACUUCGAGCGCGGCAACGUCGACACGUUCCCGGUGUCCAACCUUCCGAAUUUCGGGAAGAUCGCGACGAUCGAGCUCUGGCGGGAUGACGCUGGUCCGAAUGAUGACUGGUAUGUCGACACGGUCGCGGUGGACAAUGUGUCCGUGAAUGAAAGGUAUAUGUUCCCCGUGCAUCGAUGGGUGAGGGACGUCAUGAAAUUGUUCAUCAACGAGUACGAUGUCUGUCUUCCUCAAGAUGAUUACAGACCGGAACAGAGGCAGUUUGAACUGCUCAAGAAGAGGAGGUUUUAUCAGUUUGAAUGCAAAGCAGAAGGGCUGAUUCCCCAGAUCAAAGACUUUCCAGUGGACGAAUCCUUCUCAGAUGAUUACAAGUGGGAUAUUGUUAAAUUAAAAGCGAAGUUGAUGCUGCAGACAAAAACCAUUCAAAUGACCACCAGAUCUUGGAAAAAGUUAGAUGAUAUCGGCGAGCUUUACACCGGGUUUCUCCCAAAGCCUUAUGGUAUGGAGAAUUGGAGAUCGGAUAAAGAGUUCGGAUAUCAGCGACUGACUGGAUGUAAUGCAACGCACAUCCGACUGUGUACCCAAAUACCCGAAAAGUUUCCAGUGACGGAAGCUAUGUUACGACCUUUAUUGGAAGGCAUGACUAUUUCUGAAGCAUUAUCCAGGAAACGACUGUUCAUAUUAGACUACGAGAUUCUGCGCGAUCUCCCCUGCACCAAUGGUAGAAAGAUCUGCGCACCCAUAUGCCUAUUUUUCGUCAACAAAAACAGGAAUCUGAUGCCCCUUGCAAUUCAACUCCAUCAAGAUCCUUCGGAAAACAAUCCGAUCUUUUUGCCAACCGAUCCCGAAUAUGUCUGGCUUAUGGCUAAGAUGUGGUUUAACAACGCAGAUGCUUCUUUUCACCAAUCCACAACACAUCUCGCAUACACCCAUCUCAUCAUUGAGUCUGUUGCCGUGGCAACGCAUCGUUGUCUCUCCCAGUCUCACCCGAUGUUUCGUCUCCUCGCGCCGCACUUCAUCUUCCUCAUAGCAAUCAACACGCGAGCUCUUGCCAAACUCGUCAGCGAAGGAGGAUGGGUUGAUAAAUGCAUGGCUAUCGGUCGGAUCGGCAUGUUUGAGAUUAUCCGACGAUCAUGGAGCCGCUGGUCACUCCAGAAACAAGGCUCACUUGAAAAGGACCUUGCCGACAGGGGCGUCGACGACCCAGAAGUUCUUCCCAACUAUCACUACCGGGACGAUGCUCGACUUGUGAGAAGGGCGAUACACGAUUACGUCAAAACGAUAGUCGAUCAUCACUACACCUCGGAAGAAAGAGUGAUGUCAGAUUUUGAGCUUCAACACUGGGGAAAGACACUGUGUUCAUGCUGCAAAAUGAAGGGCGUGCCGAACGGCGGAGCAUUCUCGACGGCAGGCGAGGUAACGGAGAUUAUGACCAACUUCAUCUUCAUUAGCAGCGUCGGGCACGCUGCGUCGAAUUUUUCUCAGUACGACGAGUAUGGUUUCCCGCCAAAUUACCCAUCAUUUCUUUUCGGUGAUCCCCCUCGAGAUAAGACCGAGCUAUCAGAGAAAGACAUCUUGGCGCAGAUGCCCCCCAAAGACAUGACAUUGAGCAUCAUGUUGGUGACCAAGCUACUCAGUGAUCGGGGCACCAAUGGACUAGGAGACUUUGAAGUACAGUAUCUGCACGACACCGUCAGUCUUCAAGCAUUGAAGCAGUUCAAAGCAGACUUGCUUAGAGUGGGCGCCAUCAUCGAUGAAAGGAAUGAAACGAGAGAGGAGAAAUACACAUACCUUAAUCCUAAAGAAGUCCCCAAUGCAAUCAGUAUUUAACCUAUAUAGUUCAUGACAGAGGGUCCACUAUUUUGUGUGUUGUCAAGUAGCAUAAUUAUAAUAAGCUAGUUCACGGUUAGCUCAUGAUCGACUUCUCUCAAAUGACCUUUCUUUUUUUCACUAUGUUCAACUAUGAAGAUGUUGCAUAAGCUUUCCAUCAUGUGGUAUUCACAUUGUAUGUAUUUAUUGAUAUACUGAAGGUAAAGUAAUACCUUUUUCAAUUAUCUGAGAAAAUGACAUUUCAUGGAUUUUUUUCACCAUAUUUUCUAAACAGGGUAGCCUCAUUUAGUAAUAUACUGUUCACAAUCAGAUAGCUGCAUGUGCAGUAUGUUGAGAAUCUUCUUUAUAUUGCAAAAAAGAAGAGAAUACCAUGGGCCUAUAUGAGAACAAUGCAACCUGAUGCCUAUCUUAAAAAGAGUAAUGAUUGAUCCAAUCAAUCUCAACUGUAUAUAUGGAAAUCCAUCCAUGCCA